CUGGCAGAACCGAUUCGAUUGUUGCUAACUGAUCAGCAAAUUCCUUAUGAUGAUCACAGAGUUGACAACUUGAAAUUUUUUCACAUUUCCUUCAACAUUUUGGCUUUCAAGCAAUUUGGUCAAGUCCCAUGCCUUUACGACGAUAACGAACAGAUUGUGCAGUCUGGUGCAAUUCUUCGUCAUUUAGCGCGAAAACAUGGUGCCUAUGUUUCUACUACCUUUUGUUGUUUUGUACGUCGUUUGUACCUCCAAGAAUUUGAGUUGCGGAUCGGCUUGAAUGGAAGCACAGAAAUGGAGACGACUUACGCCGAUAUGUUUUACGAAGGAAUUCGUGAUUUGCAUACUAAAUAUUGCAAAAUGAUUUACAAUGCAUAUAUGGGUGGAAGUUAUUAUCGGUUCUUAGUUUUGAAGGAGACAGAGAAGGAUAGUUUCAUAAAGGAAAUCCUGCCCGACGAGCUGGCAAAGUUGGAAAAGCUUCUCAUUUCACGUAAUGGUGGAGAAGGGUUCGUUUUAGGUGACAAAAUCUGUUUCACCGAUUACGUCCUCUUUGAAGAGCUGGAUAUCCAGCUUAUUCUGACCAAAGAUGCCUUGGAAAAAUUCCCCUCUUUAAAAAGCUUCCACAAGAGGAUGAGCGAAAGACCACAUCUUAAGGAUUAUUUGAAAAAGAGGCAUUCGGCAAAUGUCCCUGUAAACGGAAAUGGCAAGCAGUAG